AUGCGGCCGAGGACCUCGGAAACGGCAUCCCAGCCUUCUCAGGCUCAGGCAACAUCCGUUUCCUCAAACCAUCACCAAGCACUCGGGUCCGCCCCGCCUCCAGUCGAUACUUACUCCGAUCAACAAUCACCAUACCACCUGCACCGCGAACCCAGCCAGCAGCAACAACAGCCUCACGACCCGCCGACACAUGGGCAAGCAGCGUACUCUUCUUACAGCCAAACAUUUCCCGUGAUACCCUCAUCCUACUAUCACGAGCCCGGCUCGUUUAUACACGACGACUACGACGAUUACGAAGACUACGACGAUGACGACGACGAAGAUGUGGAGGAUGAAGACGACGAUCUAGACAUGAGCGACAGCGAUGGAGGUGCUCCCUUGGACCACGUCAUGACAGUUACCAGCCUCUUGUCUCCCAUGUCCGACAACGAGGCCGAGAUGGACCCCCCUCAAUCGUUCUCAGAGAAUCAUCACUUCGACCAACCCGCGCAUCCGCCACAAGAGCAACACACGUCCACGGGGCCGCCUGCUCAUAUGGUUAACUACUGGAACAUAUCGAUUGCAGCCGGCCAAGCAUAUCUUGAUCCGAUAGCAGCCCAUCAUCCGACCCCGCUUGAUACGACUCCUUUCCAUCCCAUGCUUCAUGCUGGAGCCAUGGAUGAUGACGACGACGAUGAUGUUUUCUAUCCACCUGUAGCCGAGCAGCUUCAGCAGUUCCAAGCAGUGGUUGCCAAUGAGGACGAAAUAGCAUGGGAAAAUGCAGGUCCGCCGGCCCUCAGCAAUCCCAACCCAAGCACCCUCGGCCCGGAAAAUCCUGGUCUGACCGAUUUCCUCAAGGGCUGGGCCUGGCGUAACGGAUUUCAGUCCCGAGGACCUAGUCCUGGAAUUCGUCAAAUCAAUGCACAGGUCUCGCGGGAUGUCACGCGCGUACGAUACUCGGACUUGGAGGGCGACGCAUACGACGCGCAGGGCAUCGACUGGGAAGCCUUGGGGGUGACACGUAAGAAUGCUCGAGAGCGGAGAUGCCUGGACUACAAGAACUACACCAACAGGACAGAUUCAGACAUAUGGGCAUUGCGCAAUAUUCUAGCAUGUGCUGGACGCAGCCAUGCCUUCUACCCGGGUCAGCGAGCCGUUCACCGGAUCAACCCCGUAUCUGGCGAGAGCGAAGUGGCCAUGGACCUGAACGACAUGAUUGGUGUCCAGAUUUCAACUUUGGACGCCAACUGCGGUAUCUUGAUUGCGGGUACUUUCAACGGAGAGUACUGCAUGCGAAACAUUUACAGCCAAGACAAGAAGUACACUGAAGGACAAAUCACCAGCCACAUCCAUGCUUCCAGGAACUCAUCCUCACCGCUGGCCGCCUUCGCGUCCAAUGACCAAGGUUUCCGUGUCAUGGAUGUAGCCACCGAAAAGUUUGUUCUGGAUACGCAAUACGGCUGCCCUAUCAACUGUUCAGCUCUAUCCGCUGAUCGUCGUUUGCGUGUAAUGGUCGGUGAUAACUACAACGUCCUAAUUGCGAACGCGGAUACUGGUGAGAUAUUGCAAGAGUUGGGAGGCCACCGUGACUUUGGGUUCGCGUGUGACUGGUCAGACAAUGGCUGGACUGUUGCAACCGGUUUCCAGGACAUGAGCGUGAAACUCUGGGACGCUCGAAUGUGGACCAACUCAGACGGUACCAGCAAACCACUCACCACGAUUCGCUCAGAGAUGGCAGGUGUUCGCAGCUUGAGAUUCUCUCCCACGGGCAGCGGCCCUCAAGUCCUCGUAGCAGCCGAGGAAGCCGACUACGUCAACAUCAUCGACAUUCAAAGUCUAGCCCACAAGCAGACAUUUGAUAUCUUUGGGGAGAUUGGAGGUGUCGAGUUUACCAACGACGGUCAGGACCUCAAUAUCCUCUGCAUGGAUCGCACUCGUGGAGGGCUGGUACAACUGGAGCGUUGCGAUAUAGCGUCCAGCUCCGAAUUUGAGUACGCACAUCAAGCGGCGGCCAUGGACCCAUGGUGGAGAUCCACCCAGAGCGGAAUACUGUCUGAUGCAGAGGUGGUUCAAUCAAAAUUGUCGGCUCAGCGAGAAAGAGGGUACGACAUCUUUGAUGAUUUGGAGCCUUUUUGA